UGAUAUUAUUAUAAUCAGUCGCGUAUAGAGUUUACUACGAGCGGCACGCCCGAAGUGUAUUAUAGUGGUUUUCGUUCUCGCCGUGUCUUGUCUGCACGCAAUAAUAAUAUAAUAUUUAGGUAUCUCGUUUCGUUCCGACCGUGUUUGCGGUUUCGGCCAGUUCCACCAGACGUGCGAGUAUACUAUAGUAAAUAUCGGCGUGAUAAUGAGGCUGAUUAUAAUGGACAAUGCAGACAAAGUUUCGGAAUGGGCUGCCAAAUAUGUGGCAAAGAGGAUAAAACACUUCAACCCAGGGCCCGACAGAUAUUUUGUUUUGGGGUUACCCACAGGUGGAACGCCAUUAGGAAUGUACCAGUAUUUGAUCCAAUAUUACAGGGCUGGAGAUAUUUCAUUCAAGUACGUCAAGACUUUUAACAUGGAUGAAUACGUGGGAAUACCAAGAGAUCAUGUGGAGAGCUAUCAUUAUUAUAUGAUGACAAAUUUUUUCACGCACGUCGACAUAGAUCCGAAUAACGCACACAUUCUGGACGGCAACGCUGUAGACUUGCAUGCGGAGUGCAUGAAUUACGAACGGCUGAUAGAAGAGGCUGGCGGGGUUCAUCUAUUUAUUGGAGGCAUUGGUCCGGACGGUCAUAUAGCGUUCAACGAGCCCGGCUCGUCAUUGGCGUCGAAGACCCGAGUGAAGACUUUGGCCCGAGAGACAUUGGAGGCAAAUGCCAGGUUCUUCGACAACGACAUUGAGAAAGUCCCCAAACGGGCACUGACGGUUGGCGUAGGAACAGUUAUGAAUGCGGAAACGGUUAUGAUACUGAUCACGGGAUCACACAAGGCGUUCGCUCUGCAUAAAGCCAUUGAAGAAGGCGUCAAUCACAUGUGGACCGUUUCGGCGUUCCAACAACAUCCGAAAACAAUCAUACUAUGCGAUGAAGACGCUACAUUGGAAUUGAAAGUAAAGACUGUGAAAUAUUUUAAGGCUUUAGGUGCCGUUCAUGAAAAGCUCAUUGAAGACAAUUCAGAUUCAUGAAUAAAUUUUAUCAUAAAUGAUUGUUUUUUAAAAAUCCAUACAAAAUAUAUAAAUAAUUAUUUAUCUAUAUAAUUGUAUACACUAAAUUAUAGUAUUAGUUAUUAUAAGAAUUUGGUUUAAAUAUUCAUAUUUUUAUAUCUAUUAUAUAACUCAUUUAUUUUAAUAAUAAUAAUAAAAAUUAUAAUUUAAUUAAAUAUUAUAUAUUAUCAAUGACAUCCAGAAAUUACCUAUAAGAAGCGUACAUCUUAAGAAGAUACUGUAACAAAAUUCAACUCUUCCAUUUUUCUAAUAUGUUAAGCCGCGUACACACUUGUAACAUUUUCUGUUACACCGCAGCGCCGUAACACCGUUCCACCAGUUGUCGGUAAAUUUGGCCGCAUCAAAGGAUAUUACGCGCAAAUGUUACGUGUGUACGCGGCUUUAGACUUAAGCAGUAUAUAACUUUGUUUUGUAUUAAAACAUUUUAAGCUAAUAUUCAUUAUAUAAUAAAAAAAAUCUCAAUUUUUCAUUGUACGAGAAA